AAUUCUCGCUUCUGUAGCAUUUUUUCCGUUCCUUCAACCGUUUUCGUCCUCGAUCUCAGAAACCAAAAGGACCGACGAUGAGUGACUUUUCAGCGGACGAUCGUCAACAGUAUGGUGACAUGAUGGCCUUUGGCAUGUUCUUAGUCUUGAGUACUGCCAUGUCCUGUUGCACCGUCUUGAUGUGCAUGAAUUGUUAUAGAUGCUGGGACAUUUUGAAAGGACUACGCGACGAGCGCGAGCGCGAGCGACGACAUUUGUUCUUCAAAGCUUCGAGAGCAGUCGAUGUCCAGCGAGCGGCACAAACUGAUGACGGAGUUCUUCGUUUGUACAUAGGAAGUGAUUCGAGGAAGUAUCCGUCGUUGACAAAGGCGAUACGAAUGCUUGACCCAUCAUCCAAUUUUCGCGGCGUCGUUCUUGUGAUGGAUCUCAGUCGUUCAAGGGUCUCAGACGACAAAAGAGCUCGCGACUUUUUCGGCGCCAUUGGCAGUGUGGGCAACGUCCAAUAUCUAGGCAUUGAAGCACAGGGAGGGGUUCCAGGACGAGUGCAUGUAGGGCAUUUGACAUCGUUGCUGAUGAGCUUCCACGAGAGCUUGACGACUCUUGAAAUUGGAGGCGUCCAGCUGAAUGGCAAUGCGUACAUGCUGGAAGAGUUUGUUCUCGCAUUGGGGUGUCUACGGCGUCUUAAAAAGUGCGUGUUAAAACGCCGCGUUCGACUCGAUGGAGACAUCGAUAUGAGUAAAGUGCUCGGAGCUCUUUCGAAACUACCAAGGCUGUCCUGGCUCGAGCUGCAUUCCCCAUGGUGGCAACGUCCGUCGUUGCGAGGAUUUAGGCCAUCUUCCGUAUCCACGGACACUUUCCGUGGCUUGCUAUUGAGAGGAAACAUGGAGACUCUGUCCUUGGGCAGGAUUCAUUGUCUCGAUCCAGUUAUUGAUGUCGUGGCUGAUUGCAUUCAGUUGUCAAGGGGUCUACGAAGGCUUGAACUUGGUGUCUACCUCGACAGCACCAGCGCGUCUCCGCCCAUGUUUCGUCUCGUAAGGCUGGUCCGGGCUCUUGGGGACAACUCGAGCUUGGAAGAGCUCGUUUUUGACAUCCACUGCAGAUUGUCUUCGGACUACGACCUUCUGAGCGACUUGUGGACCGCACUCGGAGAGACCCUUUCGACAAGUCCAGGUUCGAAGCUCCAGCAUUUCAAGGCAAAGAUCCCUUGGAGAUAUUUUCCACUUGGUGGUAUGGGUACUCGCGAUGUGAAAACGUUGGUUCGGCUCGUUGAGGCAAACAGCAGGCUACUCAGCUUUGAAGUCGCUACCCUGAGAGCGAGAUUAGAAGAGGAUGCCGAUUCGGUAUCCUUGAAAGUAAUCUCACGGGCACAGCAUUUGCACGAGGAUAUUGACAUGUACAUCCAUCUGAAUCGGCAUGGUCGAAAGGAUCUCCUAGAAGAUCCUCACAAAAUCUCAAUGACCCAAUGGACUGAUACCUUUGAACAAUUGAGCAAAGAGAACCUCCAUUGCGUUCAUUACUACCUCGACAAGUUUCCUUGGCUAUUGACGCCUGGUCAUUUGGACCUACAAGGCGGCGUACUGGAAGAAUCAGAAGCGUUGGCUUCUACUUUUGAGCUGACAGGAGAAAAAGACCACCAGGAAAGCAUUGACUUUUAUGACAUCGAGAGCGGUAUUGACCAACUAGUGACGCAACUAUGAACAAACAUGAUACAACGGCAAAGUCACAUAUCGAUACGGCAAGGGCCCCUACUGAAGUCAACGCUACCGUACGUCGCAAUGAACUGAGCAUCGCAGUUCCCGGUAGGGAUACGACUCUUCGUAUCCCAUUGGCUGUAUGGACGCGUCCACUGUGGCCACGGUGCACGUGUGCGAGAUUCCGAUCCAUCGAAUGCAGCUAGAGCGUCGUAGUUGUACAUGUCCUUGUGUGAACUUUAGCAUCAAAAGAGUAACUAACCUGUGACAUAGUCGGACCUGAUUGUACCACACAGUCAACGCAAAAA